GCGUCGAACGAGAGUAUCCGAGCGCCGACGCCGCCGCUGGCCGGUGCAAAGCUGCUGCCGCCGCGCCUCCACCCGUGCGCGCCCGAGUCGUUCCCGAACGAGGCCCCGGAGGCCGCUCAGGACGACCUUCCAGGGAUGGUGGAGGAGGUGGAAGGUCCUGCAGAAGCCGAGGAAGAGGAGACCGGUCCCCGGGAGAUCGCGAUCGACUCUCGUGUGCGAGCGCUGGCGCAGAAG